GACCGGAGCCGCCUAGAAGCCACACGCAGCCCUCCCAGAGUCACCGGGGCGAGGACGAGGGGGUCCCCCGCGCGGCCGCGGGUACCGGGCGUGGUCUGGGCUGGCGCCCCCCGCGGCUCCUUUAAGGGCCCGCGGCGGCCCACGUGCUCCGUGACGUCAGAGCAGGAAGUGUUUGAGGAAGUCGCGCUGGGCUGGCAGGUUUAAGAUUCCCGCAUUUUAAUGUCUUCGGGGAGGUGCCAGAGCCCCCGGUUUUGCCGCCCCAGCCCCCGCCUCCCCCGCCCCGGGGAGCGUCUCCCUUGCCCCGCGUCCCUGCCGACAGAGUUAGCACGGCAUCAGUAUGAGCUGGUCACCUUCUCUGCCAACCCAGACAUGUGGGGCCUGGGAGAUGAAAGAACGACUUGGGACAGGGGGAUUUGGAAACGUCAUCCGAUGGCACAAUCAGGAAACAGGUGAGCAGAUUGCCAUCAAGCAGUGCCGGCAGGAGCUCAGCCCCCGGAAUCGAGAGCGGUGGUGCCUGGAGAUCCAGAUCAUGAGAAGGCUGAACCACCCCAAUGUGGUGGCUGCCCGGGACGUCCCCGAGGGGAUGCAGAACUUGGCUCCCAAUGACUUGCCCCUGCUGGCCAUGGAGUACUGCCAGGGAGGAGAUCUCCGAAAGUACCUGAACCAGUUUGAGAACUGCUGUGGCCUGCGGGAAGGAGCCAUCCUCACCUUGCUGAGUGACAUUGCCUCUGCACUUAGAUACCUUCACGAAAACAGAAUCAUCCAUCGGGAUCUAAAGCCAGAAAACAUCGUCCUGCAGCAAGGAGAGCAAAGAUUAAUACACAAAAUUAUUGACCUAGGAUAUGCCAAGGAACUGGAUCAGGGCAGUCUUUGUACUUCCUUUGUGGGGACCCUGCAAUACCUGGCCCCAGAACUUCUGGAGCAGCAGAAGUACACGGUGACCGUGGACUACUGGAGCUUCGGCACCUUGGCUUUUGAGUGCAUCACGGGGUUCCGACCUUUUCUCCCUAACUGGCAGCCCGUACAGUGGCAUUCCAGAGUCCGGCAGAAGAGUGAGAUGGACAUUGUCGUCAGUGAGGACUUGAAUGGAGCGGUGAAGUUUUCAAGCUCCUUACCCUACCCCAAUAAUCUGAACAGCAUCCUGGCACAGCGACUGGAGAAGUGGCUGCAGCUGAUGCUGAUGUGGCACCCACGACAAAGGGGCACCGAUCCUGUAUACGGGCCCAACGGCUGCUUCAAGGCCCUGGAUGACAUCUUAAACCUGAAGCUGGUUCAUAUCUUGAACAUGGUCACAGGCAUCAUUCACACCUAUCCAGUGACAGAGGACGAGAGUCUGCAGAGCUUGCAGGCCAGAAUCCAGCAAGACACAGGAAUCCCUGAGAAGGACCAGGAGCUGCUGCAGGAAGCUGGGCUGGCGCUGAUCCCUGACAAGCCUGCCACUCAGUGUAUUUCAGAUGGCAAGCUGAUUGAGGGCCGCACGCUGGACAUGGAUCUCGUCUUUCUGUUUGACAACAGUAAAAUUGCCUAUGAGACUCAGAUCUCCCCCCGGCCCCAACCUGAAAGUGUCAGCUGUAUCCUUCAAGAGCCCAAGAGGAACCUGUCUUUCUUCCAGCUGAGGAAGGUGUGGGGCCAGGUCUGGCACAGCAUCCAAACCCUGAGGGAGGACUGUAACCGGCUGCAGCAGGGACAGCGAGCUGCCAUGAUGAAUCUGCUUCGGAAUAAUAGCUGCCUCUCCAAGAUGAAGAACUCUAUGGCUUCCAUGUCUCAGCAGCUCAAAGCCAAAUUGGACUUCUUUAAAACCAGCAUCCAGAUUGACCUGGAGAAGUACAGUGAGCAAACUGAGUUUGGGAUCACAUCAGAUAAGCUGCUGCUGGCCUGGAGGGAAAUGGAACAGGCUGUGGAGCUCUGUGGGCGGGAGAAUGAAGUGAAGCACCUGGUGGAGCGGAUGAUGGCGCUGCAGACUGACAUAGUGGACCUGCAGAGGAGCCCAAUGGGGCGGAAGCAGGGGGGCACGCUGGACGACCUAGAAGAGCAGGCGAGGGAGCUUUACAGGAGACUUCGGGAAAAACCCAGAGACCAGCGAACGGAUGGCGACAGUCAGGAGAUGGUCCGGCUGCUCCUCCAGGCCAUCCAAGGCUUUGAGAAGAAAGUGCGAGUGAUUUACACGCAGCUCAGUAAAACUGUGGUUUGCAAGCAGAAGGCCCUGGAAUUGUUGCCCAAAGUGGAAGAGGUGGUGAGUUUAAUGAACGAAGAUGAGAAGACUGUUGUGCGGCUUCAGGAGAAGCGGCAGAAGGAGCUCUGGAAUCUCCUGAAGAUCGCUUGUAGCAAAGUUCGUGGUCCUGUCAGCGGAAGCCCAGACAGCAUGAAUGCUUCUCGCCUCAGUCACUCGGGUCAGCUGUUGUCUCAGCCUUCUGCUGCCCCCAACAGCUUACCCGAAGCCGUCAAGAAAAGUGAAGAACUGGUGGCUGAAGCACAUACUCUCUGCACCCAGCUAGAAAAUGCAAUGCAAGACACCAUCAAAGAACAGGACCAGAGUUUGAGGUCUCUAGACUGGAGCUGGUUACAGACGGAAGAAGAGGAGCAGAAUAGCCUGGAACAGGCCUCUUGACUGUGUGGGUGGCCUUGACCUGAGGGGGCUGCCUGGCCUGAGGUCCUCCCACGGUGGCCCCUGCUCUAAUGACGUCCCGGAAGUCUUCGGCACCCAAAGAUCUUGUCACUUCCCCACGAGUUGAGACAUUGGCCACGGGCCAGGCGUGUGGCCCUCUGUGGGCACUACCAGCAACUUGUCUGCACACUGGAAGUCCUCCAUCACAGAGGCUCAGCGAACACUGAUGCCAGGCACGAGCUGCUUCCUCUGCUCUCAAAAAGUGCUCAAGGUACUUGCCCCACAGACCACUGGACAAAUGUCUGACGGGACUCUUUCAGGACCCAGUGUGAAGGACACUCGAUGUCAGCCUGUCCUCUCCCGACCUUCCUGAUCUCCAGAGGCCCUGAUCCACCUGUCCUCACAGCUAGUGUUUCAUCUGGAUUUGGAACCAAACAGACUUUUAAAUCAUAGACUUGCCUGGCCCCAUCCUUUCUCUUCCUCUUUUCAUUUCACUGCUGCUAAAAUUUCCCUUUUACCGACGACUUUGGUGGUUGUGCCCCCUCGGCAAGGUUGUAGGUGAACACUAGCUCUCCCCGCCACAGCCCUUUCAGCCACAGAGUGACUCGCGAGAGCUAGUGCAGACGAGCCGCUUCCUUCCUUCGGGUCCCAGAGACCACCUGGGAGCGAGUCAUCGUGGGGAAGAAGGAAAGAAGAAAAGCAUACCUGUCAGCCCCACGUCUGCCGGCCGCCGUGCCCACACCUGAACUUGCUCAGACACAGCUGUGUGGGGCCGGUGGCGGGACGGGGGGGCCCCUGCUUCUCAUAUCAUCUAGCAGUAUUAUUAAAUUGAUUUAUUUAAAAAAUAGUUUCUAUAUUUUGUAACGUAACUCAAACAUUUGUACUGGGUUCCACAAUCUAUUUUUACAAUAUUUAUGGUUAGGACUUAGGAACUCGAAAACCAACUUAAUGGAAGAUGUCAUGAAAUUGAAUAGCACAUGGAUCAAAUGGUGCCAUGUAGCUCUAGCACUGCUUCUUUGACAUUUCACCAAACUUCUGUAUAUUAAAGCAGGAAAGUAAGACGAGUUCAGAUGAGCACAAAUAGGCGAGUUUGGUCAGAGAAGGAAGUUGGAAUAGAAGAGUUUCACAAACUGGCUUCCAUGGAAACAGUACAACAGGUUUCAUGGUCAAGUAAGUUUAGGAAAUGCUUCAUGCUUUAAUUGUCUCUUGGAGAUUCACAUUGUACACUGGCCUAUUAAAGUUUCUGAGAGUCCUGUGAUGAUAAA